AUGCUCCUGUGGUCCCUUUUGCUGCUCAUGUCCCAGGCCAGGGACGCACACCUCGAAUGUGGUGAAAGACCCAUGUUUGCAAGAGGAGCUCAGUAUUCCAGAAUCACAGGAGGGAUAGAGGCUGGGGUGGGUGAGUUUCCAUGGCAGGUGAGUGUUCAGGCAAGAAAUGAACAUGUCUGUGGUGGCGCCAUCCUCAACGAGUGGUGGAUUAUCACGGCGGCUCACUGCUUUUACCCAGAGCAGUUACCGCCCACAGAACUGAGAGUUGUGCUGGGAACCAAUAGCCUAACCAGCCCAUCCCUGGAGAUAGAGGGAGUCACAACCAUCAUUCUUCACAAGGACUUUCAAAGAGUCAACAUGGACAAUGACAUCGCUCUACUGAUGCUGGACAAGCCCAUCAGAUUCAACGAGCUGAAACAACCCAUCUGCCUGCCCAUGCAGCCCGGCCUCUCCAAGUGGCACAACUGCUGGGUGGCAGGAUGGGGGCAGGUCAAAUCCGGUCUCAACGAGGCUAUGGAAACUGAACUGCUGAAAGCGCCCAUGACCAUAAUGAACUGGAACACGUGUUUUAAGGAAUUUCCCAAACUUACCAAAAACAUGCUAUGUGCUGGAUAUGAGAAUGAGAGCUAUGAUUCUUGCCAGGGCGACAGCGGGGGGGCCCUAGCCUGUACCCAAGGGUCUGGCAAGAAGUGGUACCACGUGGGCAUCAUCAGCUGGGGAAGGUCCUGUGGCCUGAAGAACACUCCAGGAAUAUACACCCUGUUAGAAAACUACCACUCCUGGAUUAAGAAGGUGACUGAGCUAGAGGGAAGGCCCUUUCGUGCUGAGCAAAUGGUAGGGAGUUCCAAAGAAAAAGCAAAGGUCUCUCGCGCCUCUGAAUUCCCGAAGCCAGGCGGCCGCACACUCUGGCUGCUCCCCUGCCUUCUGCCCUAUGUGACGUUCUAA